GCGAAUCCGGCGAACGAGCGACGACGGGCAGCAAACGACGAAAAGGCGACAACUCAAUCGCUUCCGCCCCGCCGCCACCUGCCACCGUUUCUUCGUGGUUGCGAACAAAACUGCCACUCAAAUAUGUCGAGCAUUCUGCAGACCAUGCGGUCCGCCGCACUCGCCACGAAGUCGCUCGCCUCGUCGAUGCGCGCCCUUUCCCUCUCGACUCCAAAGAAGACGGUGCUCCCCGCAGUGCAGGCCCGGUGUCUGUCUCAGGCUGCUCUCUCGGCUUCGAGCAGGACCACCUUCGCUCGGGGUUCGGUUACCCCGGCCGUGCAGAGCGGCUUAGCAGUGUUCCAGAAGCAGCAGGCUCGGGGAAUGAAGGUGCGCAGCGCCAUCAAGAAGCGGUGCCAGCAUUGCAAGGUCAGUAUGGGACACACUCAACCGGGCGAACUCGUUCGGGUUAUCGUUUUUCGUCCGGGCUAAUCUCGUACUUUUUCGCGAGGCG